ACUGCUCGUAUCCAGGCUAAUCCCUGGUUAUUUUCACCCUUGGUAGAAAACAUCGAUCGAUAUUGCGGCCUCCGCGAGGACGAUCGCCAAUGGUCAAGCCAGUUUGAGACCGAAACAAACGUUCUUCAUAUCAGCAAGCGCAUCGUAGGUGGCAUAAAAUCAAAGCUCGGAGAAUGGCCGUGGCUUGUCUCUCUGAUGUUUUAUGAGACAGCAGAAGAGAUCAAAAGUAAUCUCGUUGGAAAACAUGGAAACGGAUCGAUAUUUAUACCACCCACCAUCAUAACGUACUAUCCAAGUGGAUCAAGACGAUAUCACAUAUGCGGUGGGACGUUGAUUCAUCCGCAGUGGGUUUUGACGGCAGCCCACUGCUUCUUCAUGAUGAUUUGUUUAUUUUGCUACAGUCCUGCAGGGGCUCAUAUCUACCUUUCUCCCGCCCCAUAUCGAUGGCGUGUUCGAGCAGGUGAAUAUGAUAUGCUAGACGACCGGACGGACCACGAAGAUAUCGACGUUGAGGCAGUCUAUCCCCAUCCGGACUAUAACGGUAUGCUUAUUUACAUUUAUGAUUCUGGAGGUCCACUGAUGUGCAAAUCUUCCAACCAAUGGUACGUUGUCGGUGUGGUUUCCUUUGGCUAUGAAUGUGGCGCUCCGGAUUUGCCAGGAGUGUACACAAACGUUUCAUUUUUCACGAAGUGGAUUGCGGAUAUUGUGCCAGAUAUUUCUUUCAUGAGUUAA